CCACGGCCGAGGUUCAUUUUCUAAGCAACAUCCUGUUACCGCAGUUUACUUCUGAGGUAACGAGGAAGGGACGACGUUGCGAACUAAAAGCCUCCUCGCGUCUCACCUCGCGCGUCUUUUCGUUUCACGGACGGAACCGAAGCGAUGGACUUUUCUCUUCUCUUCGCGGCUCUGCUGCUCGUCAGUUUCCGCUCAGCUUCGGCGGCCGCGCGCCCGCACGUCGUCUUCAUCCUGGCGGACGACUUCGGCUGGAACGACGUUGGGUACCACGGCUCGGAGAUCCGCACCCCGAACUUGGACCGGCUGUCCGCGGCGGGAGUCCGCCUGGAGAACUACUACGUCCAGCCGCUGUGCACGCCCUCCAGGAGCCAGCUGAUGACCGGCAGGUACCAGAUCCACACGGGCAUGCAGCACCAGAUCAUCUGGCCCUGUCAGCCCCACUGCGUGCCCCUGGACGAGAAGCUGCUGCCCCAGCUGAUGAAGGAGGCGGGGUACGCCACGCACAUGGUGGGCAAGUGGCACCUGGGGAUGUACAGGAAGGACUGCCUGCCGACGCGCCGCGGCUUCGACACGUACUUCGGCUACCUGCUGGGCAGCGAGGACUACUUCACCCACGUCCGCUGUAGCAACAUCGCCGCCCGGAACCUCACUCGCUGCGCGCUGGACCUGCGGGACGGAGAGGAGGUCGCCGCCGGAUACGAAGGAGUUUAUUCCACCGAGGCGUUCGGCCGCAGGGCCACCGGCAUCAUUGAAAAACACAACUCCGACGAGCCGCUCUUCCUCUACGUGGCGCUGCAAGCCGUCCACGAGCCCCUGCAGGUGCCCGAGCGCUACCUGGCCCCCUACAGCUUCAUCGAGGACCGCCGCCGCAGGCUGUACGCCGGCAUGGCGUCGGCCAUGGACGAGGCGGUGGGCAACAUCACCCUGGCUCUGCGGCGGCGGGGGCUUUGGGACGACACCGUCCUGGUGUUCUCGACGGAUAACGGCGGUCAGACGCUGGCGGGCGGCAGCAACUGGCCCUUGCGCGGGAGGAAGUGGUCGCUGUGGGAGGGAGGGGUCCGGGGGGUCGGGUUCGUCGCCGGCCCUCUGCUGAAGCGACCCGGGACCGUCUGCCGGGAACUCGUCCACAUCUCCGACUGGCUGCCGACCCUCGUCGGCCUGGCGGGGGGGAACGUCAGCGGCACCAGGCCGCUGGACGGGUUCGACGUGUGGAACGCGAUCAGCGAAGGCUUCGCCUCACCCAGACUGGAGCUGCUGCACAACAUCGACCCGCUGUACGUGGACGUGGCUAAAUGUCCCGGCACCGGGCGACGGUUCCCUUUGGCCGAGGGGGUCGUCUCCGGCUUCGACGUGUCCGUCCACGCGGCCAUCCGAUCCUCCAACUGGAAGCUGCUGACGGGCUACCCGGGUUGCGACGUUUGGUUCCCGCGGCCGGGCCACAACGACUCGGCGGCGCCCGGGUCCGACCCGCCGAAGCCGCCGAUGCUCUACGACAUCGAGAAGGAUCCCGAGGAGAGGAACGAGCUGUCCGCCGCCUUCCCCGCCGUGGUGGAGUAUCUGCUCGGCCGGCUCCAGACGCACCGGCAGAGCUCCUCGCCGAUCGACUUCCCCGACGACGACCCCCGCUGUGACCCGGGCCCCGCGGGGGCCUGGGGACCCUGGGCCUGAGUCUACAUGAAACACAGCGGCGGGGGAAUCUCGUCCGUGGAGACGGACGGGGACGUUUAUUUUACUCUCGGCUUAAAGGCGCCGCGCCACAGUUACAGAAGACGUUACGGCUUUUGAUGAACUUUCAUAAGUGACCAAACAGAUUCUUUAUUUUUUUCGGGCAACCAGUCGUUGACCGACGGAUUCCCUCCUUAUUAUUGAUUAUAUUAUUGAUUGAAAGCUCUGUCAGCUACACGUGUUGCUGCUUCGUAAAGCUGCUGCUUCAAGUAUUUGCACUUCAUUUACCGACUGUCCGUCCUGUAGGACUCAAACGUGCUUUUAAACAUUUCACCACUGUGUGUGUGUGUGUGUGUGUGUAAGCAGCUGUUUACUCCUCAUAUGUAAACAAUGUGUCGCUGCCUCUAAACACACGCUGCUUUAAAUGAACCGAGCUGUAUUUGUUCUCUUCCUGCGUGCCGACGUGUCAAAGCUCAAGGAGUGAAACCCGAUACUCAUUUGCGCUGAAAACUCCAAAAGAGAAUAAAGAGGUUUGUAAAAGGGGCCGAAAAGGCCCCACGAGCCGCUGAAAGCUUCCUGCACGCCGCUUGUCUCCGUCCUCCGCGAGUCUAAAUGGGCUCGCCGAGUAUUUCUAGUUUCCAGGUGGAAACUGUGAGGAAUUUCUCGUGUGCUUCACGUGUUCGCGCUCUCAUGCCAGUCAUUCACGGAUGCACACGGCUCAAAGUUCAGAGGCACGUUGAUGCGUCUUCAGGUGUCGCUGUCGAGCGAAACAAACGCACCGAAUAAACAAAAUCGGACCCUUAAAAAAGGCGAAGUUUGCAUAUUUUGAAUAUAAAUGAGAGAAACUAAUUUCCUUAAUGCAUCCAGCCUCUUUGACCUUUUGGCCUCCUGGUGUUUGACCCCCCUGCUGGCAGCAGGAAAUGCUCCCUGCAGAGAGAGGGGGGCGUGUCCUAACGUGGGCCGUGACCCUUCACCUGGCAUGGGAAUUGAUUGGCAGCUGAGCGAGGCCAACAACAAUGUGCAGAGUUUGAAGAGGAGAUCAAUGCCACGACUUUUCAUUUAGACCUCUUAUUUAUUUAAUAUAUAACAUGCUGGUGGUUCUUUACCUUUAUACAGAGUCGGCCUAGUUGCACCACUCUUUAUGCUAAGCUAAUUUAGCUUUAUAAUUAGCAGAGAGACUAGUUAUCUAAAUCCCAUCAGGCAUCAUUGAGUGGUUUGACAUUUCAUCAUUUCAUUAUUAUAGUGUCAAACUGGUCGGAUGGAACUUUGAUGCUUAAUUAAUACAUUAUUCUCGUAGCGGCGGCGUGCUGCGUGUGUCCCGCCCGAGGCGACACCUUUUUUUUUUUAAACCACUUUUUAUCAUCUUGCUUUUUUGUUUCAAGGCUGACGGGACUUUUCACCAGAAUACCACGCGAUGAUUUCACGUCUCGUCCUCGAGGUUUCGGCGCGUCUUUCCCACUCAAUCGGCGGCCUCGCUCGGUGACAAACGCCGAGUCAACACUUUGCCCCCCCGACUCUUCCACCUUUCUUGUGUUUUUUCAGCUGUGACGAAGCUGUGGGUGACGCCCCUGAGAGAUAUGACAGAAUAUGUUUUUUAAUGGUGAGCACAUGUGGGACGCACACACACACACACACACACAGACACACACACGGCUGCCAUCUUUGAUUCCCCCUCCGGCACACGUCCACAAGGAGACACCCAAGUGAGGAGGGACUGGAAUUCCAAACCAGAUUGUGUCCGUGUGCUGCCUGUGAAAACAGAUUAAAACCCCACUGACCAGCGCAGGAAUGUGUAGAACCUUGAGCCUCCGACAUGCCAACAUCACACCUAACGAGGACCAGGAGGAACAGGAGGAACAGGAGGACCACCGCGGGUAAAAGGGGCGUCAUCGGGGCCGUUGGUUGGUUUGUGUUUGCAGCAGAAGGUGCAGCUUGUUGCACUUGUUGCCGAAGCAUCUGAUCGCUUUUAAGGGUAAUGACGGACGGGUGGAAGCGGCACUCGUCCUCCGUCAGGAGGGUGAUUAAAGGUCUUUAGGGUAUCUGAAGGAGAAGAACCUUCUCCACGCUCUGUAAUCCAGUAAAUUACAGUUAAACAUUUCAGGCAAUACCAAUGAAACACUGUGUGUGUGUGUCUGUGUGUGUGUGACAAUGCUUAUUUUCUCUGUUUUUCCUCUAUUAAAUAUUUAAGUCACAAAAAGGGAACUUUAUGUCUUUACAAUAA